AUGCUAACUUAUAUUGAUUUUUGUCUUAAACUAGUUAAAAUAAUAAAAGAUGAAAAAAUUGAGUCAUCAUCUUUGAAAACUUUAGUUGACGAAACAAUUAACUAAUUAGAACAUCAAUAAACGCCAAUUGAUUCAUAUGUAUUUGUUCUCAAUAAUAAGAGGAAGUAGUAAUUGCCAAAGAGUUAUAGUUUUACAGAGCUGAAUGCUAAUAUCUUAAUAAACUAAGACAAUAACUAUAAAAUCAUGUGAAAGUAAGAUAAAUAAAUACAUAGGAAUUGCAAAGAUAAUUAUUUGAAGAGAAAGAAGCUAAUAGUGAAUUAAUAAAUUUUCUAAAGACAUAGAAAUAAGAAUAGCUAUUAAAUUAAGUAAAAAAUGAAGGAUUAAAUGAUAUUAUUAAAAAAAAUGAACCUUUAAAGUUAAUUAAUCGAUAACCUAAAGACUGUAAUUUUAAUAUUUUAUUCUAUUUUCACAUAGAAUAUAGCAUAACUUAGCGAUAACCCUUAUUGCCUUAAACUACUAAAUAGUUGUAAAUAGCUCCUCAUCUUACAAUUGAAAUAAAAAAUAUAAAAACUCCUUUACUGGAACAAUAAGAUCCUUAAAAUCUUAAGGAAUUGUUUGAUUAAUGUGUAUAAUAACUUUAUCGAGAUAUUUGUCUAAAAGGAAACCACAAUAAAAAAUAUAAAAAAAUAUGUAACAGAGCUCAUUCAGGAUAAAUUUAAUUAUGUGAAGAGGAUAAAGAUGUUACAUUUUCAAAACUUGAUAUUAAAACUUUGACAGAAAAGUAUUAAAAUAUAAACACAAUGAUUAUAGAUUUUUCUUAAAUCCACAAUUUAUAAAAAUGAUUGAAGCCUAAAUUUUUGAUAUAAAAUGUUGUAAUAAUAUGGCCUGUCUAUAUAAACCUUAAUAAUCUAAAGAAAUUCAACAAAUUUAAAAUGAAAGCAAAGUUCUUAAAAUUCCUAAGAAAAUACCAUAAUUUAGACAAGAUCAUAGAAGUAAAAGUGUAUGUAGACAAGAUGGUAUAUUGAAAUGAUCAUUUUAGAUUUAAAACUUCAGUAUUAGUAUUUAUUUGCAGAUGUAUUACGUCUAGAAAGAGAAUUAUGCGGAACUCCAAAAUAAAAUAAAAAUAGAUAUAUUGAAUUAAACAAUUAAUUGAAAGAUGCACGUGAUAAACUUUAUUAACUAUAAUGUAAGAUUUUAAAUUGA